AUGUCCGUGGAAAACUUACCAAUGAACAAUGUCAAUAGAGCAAACUUAUCAAUAAUGCUACCUGACCCUACAAGAUAUCCUCUUCAGAAUGUUAAUACUUACAACAAUAAUGUAAUUGUUCAACAAAAUAACAAUACCCAGUUUUCACUACCUCCAAUUAGAGAACUGUUAAAAUCAACAUCUCCAGUACCAACACCUCAAAAUUCAGAAACAUCUCUUCUGCCACCUCCACCUCCUUCACAACAACAACAACAACAGCAACAAAUUCUACAACCACAACCUAUAGCUUACCAAUCGCCAUUUUCAAAUCCAAUCUCACCAAUAUCGACCACACCAGAACAACAAUUGCGUACACAACCAACAAACUUGAUACCACGCUCAAACUCUUUCCAAUAUUCACAUCAACCACCACAAUUCCAACCUCAUCAUCAGCUACCUCAAUUCUACCCUCAACAACAAGUGAGUGCAGAACAUUUGUCUCCAAGCUCCUUGAAUUCAACACGAUCAUCUUCAAGUUCUCCAGUGGAUGUUGUUGUUGCUGCUGAUUCGAGCAAAGAAAAAUCCAAUAUGAGAAAGAAGAGACAAAACUUACCAAGACAAACUACUGUAAUACUGCUGAGUUGGUUAAGUGAACAUUUAGAUAGACCUUAUCCAAACUCAAGAGAAAAAUAUGAAUUAUUGAUGAAGACAAGAUUAACAAUUCAGCAAUUGGAUAACUGGUUUAUCAAUGCAAGAAGAAGAAAAAUUAAUGUUUUGAGGAAAUUAAAAGAAAAUGAUCAAAAUAUUGCUUUAACUUUUUAA